AUGGUCUCAUCACUCACAGGGAAUGAGUGGCUGGAUGCCACAUUUGGACUACCAGAUAACAAGAACCCUCUCAAGUUCUCUCGACGCAAACAAGCACAAGUCGUAGCUGCAGGCAUUGCAAUUAUCGCAAAUAGCGCUCUUGGCUCUUCAUUGCCGUCCGGAGCGACGAGCGAUAUUGCUAAAGCAUUCUCAGUUACUAAUCGCCUACAGCUAGUCCUGCUUAAUUCCCUUUAUAUGCUUGGAUUUGCCAUUGGCCCCCUGAUAUUCGGCCCCCUCAGCGAACAUCUUGGGCGCCGUCCUGUACUUAUUGGCACGUACCUUGGCUACAUGAUCUUCACCCUAUGCUGUGCCGUGAGCCCUAACUUUACUGCGUUGUUGAUAUUCCGCCUUUUCUGUGGUGUCGCAGCCGCAGCCCCAAACGCUGUUGUUGGCCCUCUUUUCGCGGACAUCUUCGACCGUCCCGGACCAAGAGGCAAAGCAACAGCAUAUUAUAUGUGCGCUACAGCCAUGGUGCCUCCAUUGGGGCCUAUCAUCUCUGGAUACGCCACCAGACAUUCCUGGCGCUUGACCUUCUGGGUCGGGCUGGGGAUUUCGGGCGUCUUCUUGCCGCUCGUGUUUUGUCUACCGGAGACCUAUGCUCCCAUCAUCAGGAAAAAGUACCGUGUUGAUCCCGAGGUUGCAGAGAAGCAACAGCCGAGCCUUGCACAAGAGCUCAAGACUAUCUUCGCAAGACCGUUCGUCAUGGCCGCACGUGAACCAGUCGUUCUUUUUACAUCUCUCUAUCUGGCUCUUGUGUAUGCGACUUUGUAUCUGUUCUUCCAAGCAUAUCCAAUCAUAUUCCAAGGGGUGUACCAACUAUCAUCUGGUGAAGUUGGAUUGACCUUUCUACCAAUCACAGCAGGCUCGAUAGUUGCUCUAGGGCUUUUCCUCGGGUAUAGCUCCUACCACUCUUCAGCAAUGAAAGCGGGCGCCGCUUGGGCGAAUAAGAUCGAGUAUCGCCGUCUACCUCUAGCUUGUGCUGGAGGCCCAUUAAUCAUCGCGUCCCUGUUCUGGCUUGGAUGGACGUCAUACUCAGAUAUUCACCCGGCCGUAGCGUCCCUGUCGGGACUUCUCUUCGGCGCUGGUUACUUAGUGGAAUUUAUGGCAUUACUGAACUACAUCACCGAUGCCUACAGGCAGUAUUCUGCAUCUGCCCAGGCCGCAUCGAGUACGAUGCGGUCGAUAACCGCGGUAGUCUUGCCACUUGCUGCACCCUCAAUGUACGAGAACUUGGGGAUUCAAUGGGCGUGUUCUCUGCUUGGUUUCUUUACUUUGGUGCUCGCGUGCAUUCCUUUCGUGUUCAUCAGGUACGGUGAGGUUCUGAGGAAACGAAGUCCUUUCUGCCAAAAGCUGUCAACAGCAGCGGGCCCAGUGGUCUCGUUAUAA